CCUGAAGGCAGCAAAAGUUCAGUAUGCUGAGUUGUGUCAUCAGUGGCAAUGGAGGAAAAACAGACCAGUACGGGCCACAACUUUACUCAGGUCAGUUCAUCAGAGACAGAAAGCCCUGAGGUGGACUUCAUGUAACCCACUUUGGUGGAGCUUUUUGGAAGACUGGAGCAAAACCAAACCAAACCAAACCAAACCAUGUUCAAUAACCAGAAAGAUCCAGGGGGUGCAGAGACAACACAAGAUGUCCCAUGUGGCCAAAGACCAGAGGGAAUGAUCAGCAGUCAGUUGACUGAGCAGGGUCGCUUUGCCUUUGCGGCGCUGUGUGGCGUCUCUCUGGGUCAGCUGUUUACAGGAGAGGAAAACAGUGUGUUCAGGGACCAGUAUCUGCAGGGUCUGGUUCAAUGGUUGGACCUGGAUGAGUCCGUGAUGCCGGUGAUGGGAGCUUUCCUGUCAGGCCUGGGCUUCGAGGGCUCUGACACCUUUCUCUCCAUCCUGCAGGCUGAGCCCCUGCUUGCUGCUGGAGCCACACCCAUCAUUCAGGAUCUGGUGUCUUUUUCUGUCAAAGAUGGCCAAUAUGAUGCCAGAUCGAGAGUCCUCAUCCGUCAUGUCAGCUGUCUGCUCCGAGUUCUUCCACAGCAGCUGGAAAAGUUUGAGGAAACACUGGGAGAGAGGCUGAGGGAAGGAGGAGAGGAGAGCGAAGAGGAGUCGUCUCGACGUCAGAGGAGAGAGCGAGGUAGAAAGUUGAGACGUUACCUUCUCAUUGGACUCGCCACUGUGGGCGGAGGAACUGUGAUAGGUGUGACAGGUGGGCUGGCAGCCCCGUUCGUGGCAGCAGGAGCCGGGGCUGUGAUCGGGGCUGGAGGAGCUGCUGCUCUGGGCUCAGCAACUGGCAUCGCAAUCAUGGCCUCUCUGUUUGGAGCAGCAGGUGCUGGGUUGACAGGUUAUAAAAUGAAUAAAUGUGUUGGAGCAAUAGAAGAGUUUGAAUUCCUGCCGCUCAGUUCUGGGAAACAUCUACACCUGACCAUCGCAGUGACAGGUUGGCUCUGCAGUGGUAAAUACAGUUCAUUCCAGGCUCCGUGGUGCAGCCUAGGCGAGUGCGGGGAACAGUACUGCCUGGUGUGGGAGUCACGUUUCCUCAGGGAUCUGGGAUCAGCCAUGGCCUUGCUGCUGGACGGGCUGGUCAGCAUUGUGGCACAGGAAGCACUCAAGUACACAGUGCUCUCAGGCAUUUUGGCAGCUCUGACGUGGCCUGCAUCUCUGCUGGCUGCAGCCAGCGUCAUCGACAACCCGUGGUAUGUUUGUCUGAACCGCUCUGCUGAGGUGGGGAAACACCUGGCUCAGGUUUUGAGAAGCAGACAGCAGGGCAAGCGGCCUGUCAGUCUGAUAGGGUUCAGCCUGGGGGCCAGAGUUAUCUACUACUGUUUACAGGAGCUGGCCAAUGACCAAGGUAGUGAAGGAGUCGUGGAGGACGUGGUUCUCUUGGGCGCCCCUGUGGAUGGUUCUGAAAAGGCCUGGGAGAAUCUGACGAAGGUGGUUGCUGGAAAAAUAGUGAACGGGUACUGCAGAGGAGACUGGCUCCUGGGGUUCUUGUAUCGAAGUUCAUCUGCACAGAUGUCUGUUGCUGGGCUACAGCCAAUCAACAUCCAGGAUCGCCGUUUGAUCAAUGUGGAUCUUUCCUCUGUGGUGAACGGUCACCUGGACUACAUGCGUCAGAUGGACACUAUUCUGGUGGCAGUAGGAGUUCCCACUAAAGAAGUCCCAGGAGCCUCCUUUGCUAUUCUUCAGGCUGAAACAUCAACAGAAGAGAGAACGGACACACCUGAACAAUCCCCUGAUCACAAACAAGUGACUGAGACUCAAAGUCAGGCUGAGACUCAAAGUCAGGCUGAGACUGAGGUGACUGUGACUCCAACAAAAGACAUAGGAGACCUGAAAGAGGUUGCAGAGCCUGAGGAUGCAGCAGACGGCUGGGAUAUCCCUGACAUUUCAGACCUGCUGGACUCUUUAAACGAUACAGAAUCAGAGAGCCACAUCGAAGCCAGACACUGUGAACGCUCUGCUCCACAGGAUGAGGCGAAAAAAGACAACACAGCCACUGGUUGUGAUGCUGAAGAGGAUCCUGAUGAUGAACACGCAUCGUGGAGCUGGGAUGAUACACACUGGACUACAGAGCACACACACAAACAAAGGGAGCCAAAGUUGUGAAGAGCAUGUUACAGCACUGGCUAAGCCUCAUGUGAAGAACCCUGGGAUAAUCAUUAACUUCUUUCUUUAAAAACUCAAUGUUGUUUUUAGAUGAAUGUAUUAAUUUAAUAAUACUCAGAAUUCUGUUCAUGAAGUCGACCCUGUAUAAACUGUAAAUAGUGUUGUAUAAUUUAUUUUGUGAACUGAGAUCGAACAGCUAUAAAUAAUAUCUGUUUUGCAGGUGUGAGAGGAUGCUUUAAAAAAGGUGAUAUCUGUUAUCCUCUCACCCUGCUGGUUUUGAAGACACGUCUCGGUUGCUAUGGAUAUUAUCACAGUAAUUUAAUUUUCAAAAGCCAGAGGGGGCAACUCAGUGAAUGUGUCUCUUUCAAGGCCUUUUUUCACUUUUCCACUCAUUUCAAUGUGAAGUGCUGCCUCACUCAGAGUUUAUAGAGAGUUUAGUUAAAUUUAAACUUCUGCUGAUAGAGUAUGAAAGUCUUGACCCUGACUUUUCUGUUUUGUUAAAGCACCCAUCUUUUUUUCUUUAAAGCUCCUGCGAGGGUUUUUUAAAGGAUAUGAAACAGACUGAAAUGAAUGCUGAUGGGUCUUUAUGACCUACAAAAGCAAACCAGACUAUCAGUUAAAGGUUAAAAUGUCUGAUAGUUGAUCUAAAAGUCUGAUACUGUCACCACAGGGCAGAUGGCAACAAGAGGUAACAGAGAAAAUAUGUAAAAAAAAAAAUUGGAGGUCCACGUAGCUCCUGUACCUACGCAGAGGCCUACGCACGUAGCUGACGUGCACCUCCUCCAAAAUGUAACCCACGCAUAGAAUUGACGCGGACCGUAAGUCUUGUGAUUGGUCCUCUGGCAGCAUUGUAUUUCCUACAUUUACAGACGUCGGCUGCACAUCGGACGUAUAUUUCAUCUCCUCUUCUCUAUUCUUCCUUGUAAUCAUGUCUGCAUGAUUUCAUGCAGCUUUCUCGACAGGGCCGCCAAAAACGACAGAACCAAAACUUCCUUCAAGGAGCUUUAACCACAUUUCAUAACUGGCAAGAAAUGUUCAAAAGUAUAGUGCAUUCACUGGAGAAAAAAAUCCUCCAUUUGUUUAAUUUAACAAGAAAAUAUCUCAGAAUUACGAGAAAAUAAAUCUACUUUUUAUUUCUGAAUUAACAAAACUACCGUCUCUUUAAAUCCCAAUGAAAGCUUUUAUUUAAAGCCACUCAAAGAAGCAGAAACGCCCGAUUCUUUAGUUUAAUCAUUGCUUUGGUUUGGGUUUGGAACAUUGAGAGAUUCUUAUGUUUUUUAGUCACUUAGAUGGUGUUGUUAUUAUUAGUCAGAUGAUUUUAGGCAGUAACAUUAUCAUUGUUCAGUUUUUCAGAUCUUUAGCUCAUCCUGGUGCCAUAUCCAUCUCUCGUUUAGAAAACAGAGGAUUAUUUUGUUAUUAAGCCUUUCUCUCGUAGUCCUGAGGUAAUUAUCUUGUUAAUUCAGAAGAACAGAUUUUUCCCCCUCUGUGAAUGCAACACUCUUUGAGCAUUACUGAGUUUGUGACUCGCAUCGGCCCUUAUCAGGUAUAUUGAUGUGCAGAUAUUUGCAGUUAUCUCACAAUUUUAUUAUAAAAUGUUCAAAACAGAAAAAAAAAGUUGGGGUGAAUUAAAACGGUCUCAUUCUUUAA